GUCACGUGAUUUACCGCCAUUUUAAUGGUGAUCUCUUCGAAGAUGUAAAUAAGCCUGCGACCGCAGUGACCUACCUUGGUUUACUCAAUAAAUUCAGCCUUUUGAAGCCGUUUAUUCUGGAGUGAAAGCAAAGGAAACUCAACUAAAAUAAACAAGACAUAUAAAAGCUGACUUGGCAGUUUGCAACAUAUUUUUUCAUUGAAGUUAUAUAUCAAGGUGGUCACAGAACAAGUUUCAAGAAAAAAAGUACAAGGAAAGAAAAAAAAAUCUGGAUUUCUAAUGAAAAAGUGUACUGGAGAUAAUCAUGUGAAUCUUUUAAACAUCACAUGCUUCCUUUUCAAAUGGACAACGCAAGAACACAUGGAUGUCAGUUUUAAAUUGCAUUUGAUAAUGAUUGAUUUUAGACAAGGAUUCACAUGACAUCUGUGUCAGUUUCUGAAAUCAGGCUAUGAGGCAUUCGUUCCAAGAGAUACCAUUAUAGAACCAAAUAACUGACCACAGAAUUGCAACAGCUUCACAUAGAAAACUGAUUGGACUCAAUACUUCUUGGAUGUAAAAGGUGGAGUUCUCCCAUUGGGUCAAGUGCAAUUCAGAUCCCACUCGCUACCCCGAUGUAUAGCUUGAGAAUGAAACCAUGCCUGUACGUGUGCGCCCCUCCCCAGUGACCUACCAUGGGCACUCUACAACAAGAACCAGCAUGAUACCCCGCCCCCCAGCUAGCUACCAGAGUACAGGCAGCUCUUCCAUUCGGCGACGCAUCGCACCACGCGCCACCCAACAUGCCCUCGACACAUCCUCGUACAGCAAGCCGGCCAGCUUGUAUUCGAGCAGCUACGGCUCGCCAUCCAGCACCAGCCGCGAUGCCUACCGCCCUCAUCGGACCAGCAUCACCAGUCGAACCUCCACCAACCCCAUCACCGCCACGUACGAGCCAAAUAAAUACGGUGCCGACUCCUCAAAUAUCACCACCUACAGUACUAAAUACGCCUCGAGGUCGCUCCGACAAGAGCAGCGUAGCCCGAGCGUGUCUUCGCUAUCUCGGGACCUACUGAAGCUGCCUCUUAUGGACGAUUCCCCGUCCAGGACGUAUAAGAGUUCAAAUUUUGGCAGCGUGCCUGAUAACCUUUAUAAAUCUUCCAUCGAGGACUUGAACGCACCACGUCCACGGGAUAGCUCCGAGAGCAGGACUUCAUCUGCGAAUAACACGGAAGAGGUCAAGGAUAGCUACAGUAGGACAGAAAAAACAUACCGACCUUCACUGACCAAUAGGGGGUCAAGCUAUUCAACCCUCAAAAGAACUCCAAGUAUUGUGAAAUUAUCAAAUAGGAGAUCAAGUCUAGGUGAUUAUUCUUCAAGAUCGACAGCUGGAGAGUACGGUCUUUCCACGAUCAAAGGAGCAGGAAAAAGAGGGCUGAAAAACAUAGGAAACACGUGUUAUAUGAACACCAUUAUCCAGUGUCUGUCUUCCAUUCCGGAGUUGUCCAAGUAUUGCCUUCAGAUGGAUAACUUCAUGCACAACGAUCAUGUUAACAGCAAUAGCUACCACUCUGGCAAACUCUUUCAAGAGUUUGCCGAGACUCUCAAGAAACUCUGGGACCCCGACUCUACCGUCAGCUCCUUGACGCCGCACAACCUCAAGCGUCAAAUUGGCAACAUGCUCAGUCAUGAGUUUCGUGGCUACAGGCAACAUGAUGCUGCAGAGUUUUUAUUGAGUCUUCUUGCUGAGUUGAGUGAAGAUGUUAACAGAGUCAAGAAUCCCCCCAGGCUGGGUGCUAUGCCAGAGAACCUCAACCCCGUUGAUCUUGCCAAUCUCAUGUGGCGGCGCCAGCAACAGCUGACCCAGUCCAUCAUAUUUGACCUCUUCAAUGGCCUAACACGCAGCACACUAAGAUGCUCCACAUGUGACUACGUCUCAGUGACCUUUGAACUCUUCUACGACCUCUCAGUGCCUAUUCCUACGGGGUGUAGUUCCCUAGCUGAUGCCUUAGAGCUGUAUACCAAACCAGAAACAUUAACAGGAGAAAACAAAUUCCGAUGUGAAAAGUGCAAGACGUUACGAUCGGGUACCAAGAAGAUGGAGAUAGAGAGAUGCCCUAAAGUUCUUAUCAUCCAAUUAAAGAGGUUUUCAUCGUCACACACCGGACUGACACGGAAGGUAGACACUCAUGUAGAUGCACCACUUCGGGGUCUUGAUCUCAGCAAUAACCUAUCACAAGACGCCGAUCCGUGUUCCCGUUACCACCUACAGGCCGUGUGCAAUCAUUAUGGGGGGACUGCAGGGGGUCACUACAUAGCGUACUGCAGACAUCCUGAAGAUGACCAGUGGUACAAGUAUGACGAUGAAAGAGUCACACAACUAAAGGAGUGCAAUGUUGUAACAUCCAACGCCUAUAUCCUCUUCUAUACUUCCAAGAUAAGCCGUAAGGACUCCAGGCUAUGAUAGCCGUUAUCCCUUCUGUGCGUCGCCAUCAGAACAAACCAAUAAGACAGUCAGAACCCUACCUGUCAAGGACAAUUGCUGUAGACAUCAAGAAUCUCCAAACAGAUGCCCAUUUGGAAGCAAGCAAGCUUCUUGUACUGCACCAUGUCCAGGUGUAUUGUCCUUUGGUGAUUCAAGAAUAGCCUUUCUCCUGGAUACCUACUCACCAAUGCCAAACUGCCAAUCCUCCCCAAGGUGCCAGUCAACCCUGACUCUAUGGCCCAUAUUCUCAAAAGAACUGUCAACUGUACCAUGGUACCAAACCACGGACUAUGCAGAUUUGUGUACAUAAUUAUGCUUAUUUAAUCACCUAAACUGAGGAGAAAAGUCCAAUUGUAAGUACGCAAUUUCGGCAAAGUGCGCCUAAUUGAAGCACAAUGAUACUAAAUAUCUGUAUAGUCCAUGGAUUUGUACCAUGGUUCAAUCGAAACCUCAUGAGAAGACAGGCCUUUGUGUCAGCAGAUGCCUUAGUAAGCAGCUAGAUAGCUUCUUGCAUUGUGUUAUGUGUUGAUAAGUGGCACGAUGGCAAUUGAAGACUAGCCUUACCUUUGUUACCAAUCAAUGCUAGACUGUAACCCUUCACUUUCAUGACAUUUCGUCCUGGGCCCUUUGUCAUAAAGCUUAGCGAUUGAUUGGUCAUGGGGAUGAUUUUUACGAAUGACCAUAAGUGAUAAUCAAUGGCAAUCAAUCGUAUCAAUGAACACCCCAUGAUCGAUUUCUUAGCUUUAUGUAAUUGGGGUCCUGAAGAUGCCUUUCGAAGAAGCCUGAUUGGUGACCUGCAUUCCAUGUCAAGGUUGGUAGCACUACUGACCCUGCACCUUACCUCCAGAAUUGCCCAUGUCCACCACCCAUCAAAGCCCUCUUUAAAUCUCAACAUUGUUUUGUGUUGGUCGAAAACAUAUUAAAAAAACAUGUAUAUGGCACCAUGAAGGCUGAUGGGAAUCUAUGUAAAGAUGCCUUGUCUGAAUACUCAAUAGCUACUGACAUUGCACCAUCUCUAGAUAGGUGGCUUGAGUGACCUUGCUUUUGAGUUACUGAUAAGCUUGCAUCCUCUGACACUCAACAAUAUAUAUCUGUUUUUCUGAUUUAUGUGUGCUAGGUGAUCUGGGAAGAUGCAUUCUUUUAGAGUUUUCCAAAGGAAAUUAUUGCCAGACACUCAAGCCCAUAUUCUCAAAAGAGGUUUCAAUUAUGCUAUGGUACAAAACCUUGAACUGCGCAAAUGUUUUGUCCAUAAUUAUGCUCAUUUCAUGGCGUACACAAAGAAAAAUCCCAUUAAACGUGUGUCCUUGGCAAAGGGUGCUCAAAGGGAUGCGCAAUAAAACAAGAAAUCUGCACAAACCAUGUUUUUUUUACCUGAGUACAAAUUGAAACCUCGUUUGAGAAUAUGGGUCUCGCUGUCAAUUUUGAUUCUUGAAUAGGUUGGCAGCACUUGAUUCAACAUUUAGACAACAUUAGUGAUUUAGGGGCCAUCUCAUAAAGAGUUACAACUAUUGUAACUUUGCCAUUAUGGCAACUACUAUGUUAACAGGGCUCGGCAGCCAAUCAGAAUCAAGGUUUUCAUGGAAGUUACACUAAGUCUUCAUGAAAUGGUCCCCUGAUCUAAAGGCCGCAAUCCGACUUUGGAACAUAUCACUUUUUGCUUGUUUUCUGAGAAUGUGAAUGGAAAGUGUCUUUGUGUUUCAGGUUUAGAUCGGUGGUAAGAAUACCAAUUUGACAAUUUUGGAUGAUUGCAAGCUUUUAUUUUGGAGUAAAGGCCACCAAAUUCAUUUCAAAUUUUAGCCAACCGUACAAUUAUUAUGACAUCAUUAUGACUAGAUAUUCAAUUCGGUUUCAUUCUAAUAAGGAUGGUAGCAUACGAUAGUCACAGAUUUGGAUAUUAUAAGUAUUCACACAAUGAUUUAAAACUUUACCAGUAAGAUGUUCCAUGCCUCAAUAUUUGCAUCAAAUUUUACUACAUUUUAUAAUUUUGGUUGCAGAUCAAACUUAAGAUGUGCGGUGGCAUUUAGGUUCAGUGAUAUCAGAAUGAAAAUGGCAUUACCAAAGCUUGCAACCUGCAACCGUACCGUCCCAAAAGAUUUUGUAGUGGACAAUUUUUCAAUUUCUUCCAUGGAGCUUGUUAGUACCUGGGCUUAGAGGAGAUAGUCAUUGCUGACAUCUGCCAUGAAAGAUAUAUAAUUAACCGUAUUCCUCUGCAAAUCUCUUCGAGUCAAUCUUUCAAAAUACUCCCUUUGCAAAUCUCUUGAAGUCAAUCUUUCAAAAUACUCCCUUUGCGAUUCGCUUGAAGUCAAUCUGUCAAAAUAAGUCCUUUGCAAUUCUCUUGAAGUCAAUCUUUCAAAAUAAUUCCUUUGCAAAAUCUCUUGAAGUCAAUCUGUAAAAAUAUUUCCUCUGCAAAUCUCUUGAAGUCGAUCUUUCAAAAUAAUUCUUCGAGAACAAGUGCUUGUCUGUGUUACAAUAGUUGGAGAACACAAAUUGCUGUUCUUGGCUACAUUUAGUGAAAUUAGCUGAAAGCAAUUAAAACAAAACACGGUGCUGUAUAUCUAAUAGAGAACUCCAUUCAAAAUGUGCCAACAGUCAGGUCAAAAAAAGGAAAAGAAAUUGGGAUGAUUACUCUUGUGAUUUAAUUAGAGUAUUCCACGCUUCUGAAUUUAUCUUAAAGAUAGUAGUAUGUAUUUGAUAACACAGUGUCUGGGUCAUACAUGUAGCUAGUUGAAUUGAAGGAGGUCAAUCUCCGCAAGGAUAUGUCAAGUGGAAGUUUCGUUAGUCUGCUUUGUAGCAAAUUUUAGCUCAGAAAUACCAAUGUUAAGACAGAUCUCGGUAAUGUAUAAUGUCAUUUGUUUAAAAAGUAUAUGUACAGUAUCCCUGUUUUGGGACAAAAGAGUGAUCCCAGCUUUGCUUUU